AUGAUAAUACAAGGAAAACCUCCUUGUUGCUAUGACUGUGACCGAUGUCCCCAAGGACAGAUUUCAAACCAAACAGAUGCUGUGGAAUGUCAUCUAUGUUCCUGGGACACAUGGUCCAAUGUACAACAGGACAGAUGCUUACCAAGGACUACAGAGUUCCUUUCCUAUGAAGAACCGUUGGGCUACAUCUUAUCAACCAUUUCCAGCUUCUCUUCCCUGAUCCCACUUAGUAUUCUAGGAGUUUUUAUUCACCAAAAAAAGACACCAAUUGUCCGAGCCAACAACUAUUCCCUUAGUUGCCUUCUCCUGCUCUCCCUGUUCCUCUGUUUUCUUUGCUUUUUAGGGUUCAUUGGUUACCCACAACCUCAAAUGUGUCUUCUACGCCAAGUGGCAUUUGGGAUGGUUUUUUCUCUCUGCAUCUCCUGUGUUCUGGCCAAAACCAUCACUGUUGUCAUUGCCUUUAAUGCAACCAAACCAGGCAGCAGGUUAAGACAGUGGGCAGGUGUAAAGGUGGCCUACUAUAUUAUUGUAAUUUGUAACUUAAUACAAUUAGUUCUAUGUGUGAUGUGGCUCAUCAUAUCUCCUUCCUUCCCUGAACUGGAUUUGUACACCAAGCCUGGAAUCAUCAUUGUUAUUUGUAAUGAAGGAUCGAUAACUUUUUUCUGGUGCAUGCUGGGAUACCUUGGCCUCCUGGCUUCUCUGAGUUUUAUUGUUGCCUUCCUGGCCAGAAGACUCCCUGACAGUUUCAAUGAAGCCAAAUUUAUCACAUUCAGUAUGUUGGCUUUUCUCAGUGUCUGGUUGUCCUUUAUCCCGGCCUAUCUCAGUGCACGGGGCAUGUAUACUGUGGCAAUGGAGGUCUUUGCCAUUCUGAUAUCCAGCUGGGCUGUGCUUGGCUGCAUUUUUGUCCCAAAGUGUUUUAUUAUAUUAUUCUGGCCCAGUAUGAAUUCCAGAGAACAUCUCAGAGCCAUGACAACAGAUAAAAACAAAAAAUAAUGGUUACAUUUUAUGUAUGUUUGUAGCUGCAUGGCUUGAUCCAAACAUUUGUUGCCGAAAUUAAGGAACCAGAGACCAAGGUGAGAGAAAAUGUUUAUUUGACACAAGUUGCAUGGAUCAAUAGCCUGAGCAAAGGAAUCACAGAGUUUUUAUAGACUUUAAAAAAGGAGUGAAACAAUAAACUGUUCUUACAGCCAAGCAGGUGGCUCUCCCUCAAGUCCAGGGUACUAGUGACUAAGUCUGACUUUAGAACAGAAUCCAUGCAAGUCAGGGGGGCUCACGGGGGAAUCGGCAUACACAAAAAUGUAUUCUUUCACCUUGCUAUCCAGCUACAGGUUUUGGAAGGAGCUAAAGUUCAACAGAAGUAUGUCUCUUUCUAUAAAGAAAUUCAAUGAAUUAUGAAACCAACAGGCAGCAAUGAGCAGUAUCUCUCCUGCUUUCAAUUAAAACAAUCCUUCCCCAACCUAAAAGUAAAAACUGGAACCUUCCCAGUGAUAAACCUAUUUAUAAAUUAAUUAAAUUCAUGAAAUAUUGGCGUAGCCUGGGUCUAAUUCAAUGGGAAGUUCUAGUGGGGGGUUUUCCUACUUCCUGGAUUUUAUGUAAAUGUAUCCCAGUACCGUAACCAAUUGCAACCAGUUUUAUUUUGUUCUAUUAAAGGAAAGCUAUACCCCCAAAAUACUUAAGCAACAGAUAGUUUAUAUC